UGUUUUUGACAAUUGCCAUUCCAAGGUCACGAAAAUUGUACCGAUAAGACUUUCAUCGUGAAUAAUUGUUUCUGGUCGAUGGAUUAUGGGUUUAUUUCCUGUGAUUGUGUCCCAUUUUGCCUUUGAGUGAGUUGAGCGCAGUCACGAUGAGUUUCCUUUUCGGCAGCCGUUCGUCAAAGACGUUCAAGCCCAAGAAAAACAUCCCUGAAGGCACCCAUCAGUACGAGCUGAUGAAACACGCUGCUGCCACUUUAGGUUCUGGUAAUUUGCGUUUAGCGGUGAUGCUCCCCGAGGGCGAAGACCUAAACGAGUGGGUGGCCGUCAACAGUAUGUACCCCUUUUGUAUGCACCCCAAAAUACAGCCCUCUUGUUCCACAGCCGUUGAUUUCUUUAACCAAAUCAAUAUGUUGUACGGGACCAUAACAGAGUUUUGCACUGAAGAGAGUUGUCCCAUAAUGUCAGCGGGCCCCAAAUAUGAGUACCAUUGGGCCGAUGGGCACACUGUUAAGAAACCCAUCAAGUGCUCUGCGCCCAAAUACAUCGAUUAUCUCAUGACAUGGGUGCAGGACCAACUUGAUGAUGAGACACUUUUUCCCUCGAAAAUCGGAGUUCCAUUUCCGAAAAAUUUCCUCUCGAUUGCUAAGACUAUCCUUAAGAGACUUUUCCGAGUUUAUGCACACAUUUACCAUCAACAUUUUAGUCAAGUGGUGCAAUUAGGGGAAGAGGCACAUCUUAAUACCUCUUUCAAACAUUUUAUUUUCUUCGUGCAGGAAUUUAGUUUAAUUGAACGACGAGAACAAGCCCCCCUUCAAGAAUUGAUCGAUAAAUUGACAGCAAAGGAAGCACGAUGAAAAUGAGGGAAGUGCCACUGGAACAGGGUUAGGGGGCACUAUCUACAGGGUGUUCCGUCUAAACCCCACAUUAGAAGUUUUAGUAGUUCGAAUAAUGAUAGUCAUCUGAAAAUUUGUAUACAACCAUAUCUCUUGGGUUCAUUGAGCAAAAUUCAACGGAUUAUGGCUGAGUACCAACUUUCAAAUAAACAUCUUUGUUAGAACUUUCAAUACUACUAACGUGGGGAUUAGACGGAACACCCGGUAUACUUAAAACAAGAUAACAACUUAUUUAUUGCACUUAACCACGUAGGAAACGACAAUUUACUACUACUGAGUGUUGUUUUAUCAAUGUUUGUUAAUUAAGCUUCAUUUUUUUCCUAUAUUAUUAUUUAUUAUAUUUUUGUUCCUGUUUUUUUCGAGCCUAUGAUUAGGUUUUUUUUGUAUUUUAUUGACCACAAUAAAUUGCGCUUUUAUUCGAUUUCA